UUUUGCUUUUGCUUCCCACCAUUCCCCCCACCCCACUCCUUCUCUCCAUAUGCGAGCCUCAUCCCAAUUCCCUAUAAGACCCGCUCUUUUCCCUGUCAGGCAGCAGACAGCUCGCUCCGAAUAUCAUCAUCCUUUACUUCACCUCCUCCUUCCCCUCCAGCGCAGAUCCCAAGUUAGAUUACUGCUACCACACGGCUUCCAAGCUUCAUAUCAAUCUCUAAUCCCAUCAACACAUACCUCCGUAGUGCCAGCAGCCAGCUUUAAUGGACAGCCGAAGGCCUCACACGCCCCCAUCGUGGACCACCCAGUCUACCUCACCAAGACCCAUCCCGUCCGCAUCUCCUCGCCUCGCCCCAAUGAACUCAACAGUUCACUCAGAAUGGCAGAAACUACGGAUACACGCUGCUCCACAAGACUGUCGCAACCGGUUUGGUCACGUUCCUCGCGACCUCUCGCGGCCGCAUACCCCACCGUCAUUGAGCCCGUCACCCGCCCCAUCACAAUGCUCAUACUACACGGACCACUGCGAUGAUGCAGACGAUUUCGAGAUCGAGGAGAUCGAAGACGAAUACGGAGACAGCGGGGUAGAGCUUCUAAUUGGCGAAUACGAGGAGCCGUCCCCAGACUACGGGAGGGAAAUGUACGAUUCCGAUUCCGAUGACGAAUCUCAGCGGGAGAUCGUUUAUAGUUUUGGAAUGCUCUCGGCCGGUCGGGGACCCUCACCAAUUGCCAAAGCAAUGGCUCAGCAACACUUCAAAUUCGGGGUUCAGCCAAGGAAAGCGAAGAGAAGCUACACGGAAUCGGUCGGGAGUUCGGAUUCGGACUAUGAUAGUGGGUUCGAUUCGCAAAGCUCCGAGCGACGGAUUCGACGAAGGAUUAUCAGACAGAGAGAUGGCUCUGUCGAGGCGGUAUCUGUCGGAACUUCAUACGCCGGAUCGCAAACUUCGGAUUACGAAGUCGAUAUGGAAUUAUAAAUUCCCCCAAUUUCUUAUACCUUUUCGCUUCUUAAUGUCACGAUCGUAAAUGCCUGAACGAUUCUCCUUUUUCAUUCUGUAUCUCCUUUCCUUGGGUAUUAAAACGGGGCUGGGUUUCUUUUUCUUUUUCUAUUUCUUUUUAUCCUGUUCUUUCAAUAAGGGUUUCACGGGCAUUUAUACAGGUUUUCUGAUAAUGUUUUCUUUUCUUUUCUUCUUCUUCCUCUUUCCUCCACUUCCUUCCAUAUUUCAUCAUUCUCAUUCAUCACUUUUUCCAUUGUACUGCGCGUGGCAUCUGGAGCAUGGCAUAAAAGGAUUGUAUUUCGGAUUUUCAUUAUCUCUCUAUUAAUUUUUUUUUUUUUUGCAGAAGUUUAUGUUAUUUUAUUUCAUUUUUCAAAAGAUGUACUAUUAUUAUGUCUUCUUUUUUUUUCUUUUCUUUUUUUCCCUUAUAUAUAAAUUAGCGGGGGGUUUUAUCCAUGCAUUUUGUCGGAGACAUGUUUUAUUAUAUGUAUUAUGUAUUAUGGAAGGUAUGGAUGGAUGAAUGAAUGAAUGAAUGACGAACAAGCAAACAAA